AGAUCAGCUUUGAAAUUUAAAAACAAUGGAGAAGACUCAAGAAACUGUCCAAAGAAUUCUUCUAGAACCCUACAAGUAAACAAGUGAGAACCAAACUUUCACAGGCAUUUAAUCAUUGGCUAAAAGUUCCAGAAGACAAAUUACAGAUUAUCAUUGAAGUGACAGAAAUGUUACACAAUGCCAGUUUACUCAUUGAUGAUAUUGAAGACAAUUCAAAACUCCGACGUGGCUUUCCAGUAGCACAUAGCAUCUAUGGAAUUCCAUCUGUCAUCAAUUCAGCCAAUUAUGUAUAUUUCCUUGGCUUAGAAAAAGUCCUAACUCUGGAUCAUCCAGAUGCAGUGAAACUUUUUACCCGUCAGCUCUUAGAACUCCAUCAGGGACAAGGCCUGGACAUUUACUGGAGGGAUAAUUACACUUGUCCCACUGAAGAAGAAUAUAAAGCCAUGGUGCUGCAAAAGACUGGUGGACUGUUUGGAUUAGCAGUAGGUCUCAUGCAGCUAUUCUCUGACUACAAAGAAGAUUUAAAGCCAUUACUUAAUACACUUGGCCUCUUUUUUCAAAUUAGAGAUGAUUAUGCUAAUCUGCACUCCAAAGAAUAUAGUGAAAACAAAAGUUUUUGUGAAGAUCUAACAGAGGGAAAAUUCUCAUUCCCUACUAUUCAUGCUAUUUGGUCAAGGCCUGAAAGCACCCAGGUGCAGAACAUCUUGCGCCAAAGAACAGAAAACAUAGAUAUUAAAAAAUAUUGUGUACAUUAUCUGGAGGAUGUAGGUUCUUUUGAAUACACUCGGAAUACUCUUAAAGAGCUUGAAUCUAAAGCCUAUAAACAAAUUGAGGCAUGUGGUGGGAACCCUGCGCUAGUGGCUCUAAUAAAGCACUUAAGUAAGAUGUUCAAAGAAGAAAAUGAAUAAUAUUAAGCCAUUCUUGAUUGGGCCAGAUAGCUUCUUUAAGUUUAUUUUUCUUUUAGCCUGUCACCUUUUCACAAAUUUGGACCAAGCUUUAGUCUUCAAAAACUGAGUAAAUAGGGACGGUGUGAGUGAAACUGUUCCAAUGUAGAAACCCCUCCAUAUAUGUAAUACAGAGUUGAAAGAAUAAAAAGGAUUCACAUUUAUAUAGAUCUAAUUUGAAUGUCAGAAGUUGUGGUGGCAGGACAUUGUGACCAGUCUGCCAUGGUACCAUAAAUGUUCUAUUGAUUCUGUCAAUAAAAAGGACUAGCUUCCAGAAGUUUUUAUCUAGGUACUUCCUACUCAUGCUACAUUGGCAGUUCCCAGUUCAUCUAUCCCACUUCCAAACCGAUGACUACUUGAGACUGAUUUCUUUAGCUUGCUGACCCAAAGAUCACAAACUCCUCUUUUUUGCCAAAAUGCUGCUACUAAGUAUAUUGCUAAAGUAUUCUAUGAAAAGACUGAGCAGGUGAAAAACAGGAAAUACCGUGUUCUCUCUCCUACCCUCUUCUUUUUUUCCUCCACCUUCACCCUGCAACCUUUUUUGUUGGUUGGUUCAAACCCAGGGCCUCAAACAUGCUAGGCAAGUGCUCACCACUGAGCUAUAUUCCUACCCCUGUAAGUUCUGAUUUUUAACCAGAGUCCCAUUUAAUGAAAUUCACAUGCUAAUCUGAAUUCUCUUUUUCUUUGUAACAUUUUUAUGUCACAGACUGUUUAGUAUCAAGGUACAGAAUUGUCUUUCCAUUUGAAUUUCUGGCUUUGUUCAUUUAUUUGCAGUGCUAGUGAUCAACCUCAGGGCAUCAUGCAUUGCUAAACAAGCUCUGAGUAGUAGUGCUGAGUUAUAACCCCAGUCUCCAUCUGUCCGGUUGGGAAAGAAACAAAUAUAUAAAGAAUAAGUUUUAGGAGGGGGCUUCUUAACCUGUCAUACUUCAUGGUCAUUGGUGGUAGAGAUAUUUAAAGAGCUGUUUGAGUACCUUCAGUACAAAAACUGGGAAAUGCCCUUUUCUUUCCCAACCACAUCACCACCACCCUUGAAAAGGCAGUAGGUGCUUGAAUGGAAAGAGAAGAGACAUCUUUAAUCUCUGAUGAAGGCAACAAGUGUUGCCUUCAGAGUGAGGCUGAAGGAGCAAUAAACGCUUCACCACACUGAUCAGCUUUUUGAGAUCACUAACCCUGACCCAGCUGUUCCUGCAGUAUAAUUUCCAGACCCAUGCCACUGGCACAUGAUGUGGCCCACGAGGUAUGGGGUAAAAUACCUUGAUUGCUCUAUUAGAAGUUUUGACAUCCUGGGGCUGAGGAUAUGGCUCAGGGGUAGAGUGCUUGCCUAGCAUGCAUGAGUUCCUGGAUUCCAUCCUUAGCAACACCAAAAAACAUAAGGGUUGAUAUCCCAAAAUUGAAAGUUAAUGUUUUCCAAGCUGGGUGCAGUGGCAUGCCCCUGUAAUCCCAAUGGCUUGGGAGACUGAGGCAGGAGGAUCACAAGUUCAAGAAAAACAUGAUUAUUUUUAAAAAUAUGCUGACUAUAGUAAGAAAUUAAAGUAUUAACCUUUGAAGACUAGAGGUGUAGCUCAGUUGUAGAGCACUUGCCUAGCACCACAAAAAAAUGAUAAAGCCAGACAGCCUGGUGAAUACCAGUAAUCCUCUGGGAUUACUAAAUAAAAAGGACUGGGCAUGAUGACACCUAUCUGUACUCCCAGAGACUCUGGAGGCUGAGGCAAGAAGAUCACAAAUUCAGUAAUUUAAGGUCCUGCUGAAGCUGAACAUGUCUAAUUCCAUAAUGGUACUAAACUGUCUGUGACAUAAAAGUGGGGACAAGGCAGAAAGAUUGCAAGUUGAGGCUAGCUUGGGCCCUUCAGUGAGAUCCUGUCUAGAAAACAAAAAGACCCUGGUUUCAAUCCACAAUAUUGCCCCCCCCMAAAAAAAGAAUUUAAGUAGAAAGAAUGUUUACAUAAAUUUUUUGUCCUUGUCUAAUCAAAAUAGUUUUGACCUGGUGCUAAUUUUAUGGUUCUUUUGCCAUUUUUAUCUUGCUUUUGCCAUUGACAGAAAUGCUUGGCGUUGAAUUGAGAACGUUUUGACAAAAAUUCAUU